CCCCCUCCCGCCGCAGCCACCCGCAGCCUCGCCCGGCUCCGGUGCGUGCGGGUGCCCCCCCCCAUAUCCAUCCCCCAGCCCCAGCCGCUGCGGACCCCCCCCCGGAGCCAUGGCCCCCAUCGGACUCAAGGCUGUGGUGGGAGAAAAGAUUAUGCACGAUGUGAUCCGGAAAGUGAAGAAGAAGGGAGAAUGGAAGGUGCUGGUGGUGGACCAGCUCAGCAUGCGGAUGCUCUCCUCCUGCUGCAAGAUGACCGACAUCAUGACUGAGGGCAUAACAAUUGUGGAAGACAUCAACAAGCGCCGGGAGCCGCUGCCCAGCCUGGAGGCCGUGUACCUCAUCACCCCCUCUGAGAAGUCCAUCCACUCCCUCAUCAACGACUUCAAGGAUCCCCCCACCUCCAAGUACAGAGCUGCCCAUGUCUUCUUCACUGACUCCUGCCCCGAUGCCCUCUUCAAUGAGCUGGUGAAGUCCCGUGCUGCCAAGGUCAUCAAGACCCUGACGGAGAUCAACAUUGCCUUCCUCCCUUCCGAGUCCCAGGUUUACUCCCUGGAUUCAGCUGACUCCUUCCAGAGCUUCUACAGCCCCCACAAGGCGCAGAUGAAGAACCCGAUCCUGGAGCGCCUGGCGGAGCAGAUCGCCACGCUCUGCGCCACGCUGAAGGAGUACCCGGCCGUGCGGUACCGGGGGGAUUACAAGGACAACGCCAUGCUGGCACAGCUCAUCCAGGACAAGCUGGAUGCUUACAAAGCUGAUGACCCCACCAUGGGCGAGGGUCCAGACAAGGCUCGUUCCCAGCUUCUCAUCCUGGACCGUGGCUUUGACCCUGCAUCCCCGGUGCUCCAUGAACUGACUUUCCAAGCCAUGAGCUACGACCUGCUGCCCAUCGAGAAUGAUGUCUACAAGUACGAGACCAGUGGCAUUGGGGAAGCCCGGAUUAAGGAGGUUCUCCUGGAUGAGGAUGACGACCUGUGGGUCACCCUGCGCCAUAAGCACAUCGCCGAGGUGUCCCAGGAGGUGACCCGCUCCCUGAAGGAGUUUUCUUCCAGCAAGAGGAUGAACACAGGCGAUAAGACUACCAUGAGAGACCUGUCCCAGAUGCUGAAGAAGAUGCCGCAGUACCAGAAGGAGCUCAGCAAGUACUCAACCCACCUUCACCUGGCUGAGGACUGCAUGAAGCACUACCAGGGCACGGUGGACAAGCUGUGCCGAGUCGAACAGGACCUGGCCAUGGGCACCGAUGCGGAAGGGGAGAAGAUCAAGGACCCCAUGAGGGCCAUUGUCCCCAUCCUGUUGGAUGGGAAUGUCAGCACCUAUGACAAGAUCCGCAUCAUCUUGCUCUACAUCUUCCUGAAGAACGGUAUCACUGAGGAGAACCUGAACAAGCUGAUCCAGCACGCUCAGAUCCCAGCUGAGGACAGCGAGAUCAUCACCAACAUGGCCCACCUCGGGGUGCCCAUCAUCACAGACUCCACCCUGCGCCGCCGGAGCAAGCCCGAGCGGAAGGAGCGGAUCAGUGAGCAGACCUACCAGCUGUCCCGAUGGACCCCGGUCAUCAAGGACAUCAUGGAGGAUGCCAUCGAUGACAAGCUGGACACCAAGCACUACCCGUACAUCUCCACCCGCUCCUCCGCCUCCUUCAGCACCACUGCUGUCAGUGCCCGCUAUGGCCACUGGCACAAGAACAAGGCCCCUGGCGAGUACCGGAGUGGUCCCCGCCUCAUCAUCUUCAUCCUGGGCGGUGUGAGCAUGAACGAGAUGCGCUGCGCCUACGAGGUGACACAAGCCAGUGGCAAGUGGGAAGUGCUAAUAGGUUCUACUCACAUUCUCACUCCCACCAAAUUUCUCAUGGACCUGAGGCACCCCGACUUCAGGGACUCCACUAGGGUAUCAUUUGAGGAUCAGGCUCCAGCAAUGGAGUGAGCCAGAGAAACCAAGGUCCACGCACAUCCUCACCCCACAGAAACUGCUGGACACGCUGAAGAAGCUCAAUAAGACAGAGGAGGAAAGCAGCAGUUAAAAGGAAGCGCUGCCGCCGCCACCACUCGAUGCCGAAUCCAACCUUCCCCCUGGGUGCAAGCAGCACCCGGCCCUGGCCCCGGCCCGGCUUUUGAUCUUGUUCUUGUGUUGAUUCCCCCCCUUAUUCCCCUCCCAGCGCUUUCCCAAUCUCAUUUUAUCCACAGGGAGGGGACAACAGCCCAAAAGGAACACAUUAAACCCGAUGCGUUGCGUUGAAAAGAGGAAAAGAACACAAAUUCUCUCUCUAUUUGUAGCUGCAGCUAUUGGGAGCACCCAGGGGCUCAUCACUGAGUGCUCCAUCAGCCCAUUGCUGGCCUUUUUCCCAACGCUCCUCCAGGGAAUGUGGUUCCAUGUGGAUGGAUAAUGGCUGAACACCCCCCCCCCCCCAUGGCUCCAGCCUCUGUGCAAGGCUGGGCUCUUCCUGUUAUGGGGUGGUGGGUGCUCCUGCCAGAUGUGCACGCCAACAUCUGGCAUGGAGGGGAAGGGGGGGGGUAAUCAGGCUGCACCCGAGAUGCUUCACGCUGUGGCAAUUCCCAUGUGAAAAGGGACCAAAAUGGUCAAAACCUGGAGAUGGGGCCUGUUUUGCUUGUAUGGCUGCUCCUCUGCCCUGCUGCAGCCCCCCCUUCUCUGGGUCUCUAUAUAUAUAGAAAGAGAGAGAUAUAUAUGACAGAACCCCUGGAUCUUUACAUAUAUAUCUCCCUCUCCAUCCAUCCCCAUGGAAGUCGGCGCUCCCAUGCCCGGCUCCUUGUGUCAUCCCGUGGUGAAUGAAGCAUCCCUGAGCGUGCCGUCACCCCGAGGCCCCCACCCCAGACUCUGUGUAUAUUAAUGACUGUGUCUGUGAUGUUCUUACAAGCUUGGUGUAUAGUGAUUUACCCAAACCUCGGGUUUUUAGUUGGUUUUUAUUGCCCCCCCCUCCCUUUUCCCUUGCCGUUAGGUGCACUGCAAUAUUUUGGGGUCCAUCGUUUUGUUCUUGAAGGCUGUGACCCCCCUUUUCCUUCCCUUAAAUCUCUCUUUCUUGCCUCGUUGGUGGUUCCCCCCCCUCAACCCCUUUCCUUCCCCAUCUAUUCCUUGCCCAUAAAGUUAAAUAUAUAUUUUUAGGGCAAAGGCUGUAUCAUUGCACUGAUCUUUGUUGGUUCCUCCUUGGUCCUCCCGCCCUGUUUGAGUUCCUUGGUUUUAGCAAUGCAAAUGCUUCAGGAUCUUGUAUGUUGGACAUUAUUAUUAUUAUUAUUUUUUCUGUUAACAGUUAUUUAUAUAAAAAAUAAUUUAUCAAAAAGGAAAACUUAAAAAAAAAAAAGAAUCUAGUCUGUCUUGGACCUUGUUUACCUUGGAAUUACUGGAAUCUAAAUGUUGGAAAGUGUUGAAGCACAAACAUGUAUCAUCUCUGUAUAUCUGUUCUUCUGUACUAAAGCACUCGAGUGACUCAAUAAAAGCGAUCUCCAUCCCUAGUGCAA